UCCAGAACUAUUGUAAGCCAGCCUGCUGCCUUCACACUUGCAGAGCAAACCCUAAACCCUACGAUUUCUCUGAUCUUAGGAAAACAAGUCACAACCCUUUCAAUUUUUGUUCAAAUUAAGACCUCAGUUUACUCUCGUUGUUUGUUAUUUCCGUUAUUAUAGAACACUUCUCAAAGCCGCAAAACAUCUUUUUAAAGCUACUUAUUUAAUUGACUCGGAAAUUCAGAACCGGAGAGAUGGGUGUGAAAGAAGAGAAUGAUGUUCGUGAAACUAUUCUGCCUCCAAUUGAACAGGAGGUCUCUGAUGAAUUAGAUACUAAGGUGAAGAAAUAUCUUAGAGGAGAGGGUGCUAAUUUGGAGGUUUUACAAGACAAAAAAUUAAAGGGCCAACUUGCUGUUAGAGAAGAAUUAUUUGGAAAAUCUGCCAAAGCUGCUGCCAAAGUUGAAAAGUGGCUUUUGCCCAGUGAGGGAGGCUAUUUGGAGGCUGAAGGAAUAGAAAAGACAUGGAGAAUCAAGCAGGAAUCAAUUGCUCACGAAGUAGAUAUCCUAAGCUCAAGGAAUCAAUAUGAUAUAGUGUUGCCAGACCUUGGUCCCUAUAUUCUGGAUUUUACUGCAAGUGGUCGGUAUAUGGUAGCUGCUGGACGCAAGGGGCACCUGGCAAUUGUGGACAUGAAAAAUAUGAACCUAAUUAAAGAAAUUCAGGUUAGAGAAACUGUGCGUGAUGUGGUCUUCUUGCACAAUGAGUUGUUCUUUGCUGCUGCUCAAAAAAAGUAUCCCUAUAUUUACAAUCGAGAUGGCACUGAACUUCACUGUUUAAAGGAACAUGGUACAGUGCUGAAACUUCAAUUUCUAAGGAACCACUUCCUCUUGGCAUCUAUAAACAAGUCUGGGCAUCUCCAUUACCAGGAUGUUACAAUGGGUGAGAUGGUAGGAAAUUUUCGGACGGGCUUAGGCUGUUCCGAUGUGAUGCGGGUGAAUCCCUUCAACGGAGUUAUUGCUUUGGGCCAUUCCAGUGGUACGGUAACCAUGUGGAAGCCCACCACCUCUGCUCCCCUGGUCAAGAUGCUAUGUCAUCAAGGGCCCAUAUCAGCAUUAACAUUCCAUCCUAACGGCCAUCUCAUGGCCACCUCUGGCAGAGAACGGAAAAUUAAGAUUUGGGACCUGAGGAAAUUUGAGGUCCUCCAAACCUUACCGGGCCAAGCAAAGACUUUGGAUUUCAGCCAGAAAGGUUUGCUUGCUAGUGGAACUGGAUCAUUUGUACAGAUCUAUGGAGAUUUAUCUGGAUCUCAGAAUUAUAGCAGAUAUAUGGGUCAUUCUAUGGCAAAAGGUUACCAAAUAGGAAAAGUUUUGUUCAGACCAUAUGAAGACGUACUAGGCAUAGGGCACUCCACAGGUUGGUCUAGUAUUCUUAUUCCAGGAUCAGGUGAACCCAACUUUGAUUCUUGGGUGGCAAAUCCAUUUGAAACAUCUAAACAAAGGAGAGAGAAGGAAGUUCGCACUCUUCUUGACAAACUUCCACCUGAAACGAUCAUGCUUGAUCCGUCUAAGAUUGGUACAGUGAGGCAAGGGAGGAAGAAAGAGAAGCCAACAAAAGAGGAGCGAAAUGCCGAAAUGGAAGCUGCUGUUGAGGAUGUCAAGAGUAUUACUAUGAAGAAGAAAACAAAGGGGAGGAAUAAAUCAAGCAAGAGAGCAAAGAAGAAACAAGACCUUGUUGUGAAAGCCAAGAGGCCUCUCCUGGAACAACAAAUGAAAGAAGAACAAGCAUCGUCUAAGAAGAAGCAGAAGACAAGCGAGGAAGUCGAAUUACCCACAUCAUUGCAACGGUUUGCACGAAAGAAAACAACAUGAGAAUAUUUAUCUAGUAACCAUCUUCGGAAAUUCGUUUUUACCUCCCAAUUUUGUGUUAAUCCAACCAAAAAAAUGUAUUUUUAAAUUAUGUUAAUUCAUCUUACUGUUGGAGAUCGUGAGGCCCUAGAAGAAUCCUUUCACGUUCUGUCUUUCCCUUAA